GGCAGAGUGAUGCGGGGGGGCAACUCGCCCGGCACCGAGAUCGCCGUUGCGCCCUUCCCUGGACCCGGCGUCGCCCAGGAUGGCUGGCCCGAGCCAGGGGCCGCGGCGGAGCUAGCACUGAGCGACCGACCCUCGCCCCCCGAGUCCCGGAGCCGGCCCCGCGCAGGGCCACGCGUCCCGCGGGCGCUGGUUCCUAAGGACAAGGACAGCACCAGCUUUUCCUUUCUCCCUUCCCUGCCCUGCUCCGCACUCCUCCCCCUGCUCGCUGUUGUUGUGUGUCAGCACUUGGCUGGAGACUUCUUGAACUUGCAGGGAGAAUAACUUGCGCUCCUCACUUCGCGCCGGUGUCUCUGCCCCAGCGGACCCAGCCUCGCUGCCUGCGAACUCCGCCGCCCCUCCACUUCUCCGCUGGGCUUGACCCAAGACGCCGUUCCCUGCGUGCGGAGAGGAACUGCCCGGCCGGCACCCGGGAGGAGAAGGAGGAGGCGAAGGAAGGGAACCCGGUCCCUGUGCCAGGUCCUUCAGUCAGAGCUUUUUCCAUGUGGAGGCUCUUUCAAUGGACGUGUCCCCGCGUGCUUCUUAGACGGUCUGCGGUCUCCUAAAGGUCGACCAUGGUGGCCGGGACCCGCUGUCUUCUAGCGUUGCUGCUUCCCCAGGUCCUCCUGGGCGGCGCGGCCGGCCUCAUUCCCGAGCUGGGCCGGAGGAAGUUCGCGGCGUCUACUGGCCUCUCCUCUUCCCAGCCCUCGGACGACGUCCUCAGCGAGUUUGAGUUGCGGCUGCUCAGCAUGUUCGGCCUGAAGCAGAGACCCACCCCAAGCAGGGACGCCGUGGUGCCCCCCUACAUGCUGGACCUGUACCGCCGACAUUCGGGUCAGCCAGGCGCGCCUGCCCCGGACCACCGGCUGGAGAGGGCAGCCAGCUUGGCCAACACCGUGCGCAGCUUCCACCACGAAGAAUCUUUGGAAGAACUGCCAGAAAUGAGUGGAAAAACAACCCGGCGCUUCUUCUUUAAUUUAACUUCUGUCCCCACCGAGGAGUUUAUCACCUCAGCAGAACUUCAGGUCUUUCGGGAACAGACACAGGAGAUUUUGGAUGACAAUAGCAGUUUCCAUCACCGAAUUAAUAUUUAUGAAAUCAUCAAACCUGCAACAGCCAACUCCAAGUUCCCCGUGACCAGACUUUUGGACACCAGGUUGGUGACUCCGAAUGCCAGCAGGUGGGAGAGCUUCGAUGUCACCCCCGCUGUGAUGCGGUGGACUGCACAGGGGGUCGCCAACCACGGGUUCGUGGUGGAAGUGGCCCACCCGGAGGACAGCCCGGAGGUCUCCAAGAGGCAUGUGCGGAUUAGCAGGUCUUUGCACCAAGAUGAGCACAGCUGGUCACAAAUAAGACCCUUGCUAGUCACUUUUGGCCACGAUGGGAAAGGACACCCUCUGCACAAAAGGGAAAAGCGUCAAGCAAAACACAAACAGCGCAAGCGCCUGAAAUCCAGCUGUAAGAGACACCCUUUGUACGUGGACUUCAGUGAUGUGGGCUGGAAUGACUGGAUCGUAGCCCCCCCGGGGUAUCAUGCCUUUUACUGCCACGGGGAGUGCCCUUUCCCCCUGGCUGAUCACCUGAACUCCACGAAUCACGCCAUCGUCCAGACGUUGGUCAACUCUGUUAACUCUAAGAUCCCAAAGGCGUGCUGUGUCCCAACAGAACUCAGUGCCAUCUCCAUGCUGUACCUUGACGAGAACGAAAAGGUGGUAUUAAAGAACUACCAGGACAUGGUUGUGGAGGGUUGUGGGUGUCGUUAGCACAGCAAAAUAAAAAUAAAUAUAUAUAUAUAUUUUAGAAAAAAACAAAAAAAAAUCAAGUUGACACUUUAAUAUUUCCCAAUGAAGACUUUAUUUAUGGAAUGGAAUGGAGAAAAAAAACACAGCUAUUUUGAAAAUAUAUUUAUAUCUACGAAAAGAAGUUGGGAAAACAAAUAUUUUAAUCAGAGAAUUAUUCCUUAAAGAUUUUAAAAUGUAUUUCGUUGUACAUUUUAUAUGGGUUCAACCCCAGCACAUGAAGUAUAAUGGUCAGAUUUAUUUUGUAUUUAUUUACUAUUAUAACCACUUUUUAGGAGAAAUAGCUAAUUUGUAUUUAUAUGUAAUCGAAAGAAGUAUUGGGUUUGUACAUAAUUUUCCAAAAAUUGUAGUUGUUUUUCGUUGUGUGUAUUUAAGAUGAAAAGUCUACAUGGAAGGUUACUCUGGCAAAGUGCUUAGCACAUUUGCUUUUUUUUUUUUUUUUUUUGCAGUGCUACUGUUAAGGUCACAAGUUCAAGUCCAGAAAAAAAAAGUGGAUAAUCCACUCUGCUGACUUUCAAGAUUAUUAUAUUAUUCAAUUCUCAGGAAUGUUGCAGAGUGGUUAUCCAGUCCAUGAGAACCUAUGUCCUUAUUAGGUGGAAUAUUUGGAUAAGAACCAGACAUCGCUGAUCUAAUAUACAAAUCCUUCCCCCACCCCCCAAUUUGCAGAAAAUAAAAAGCAGGACCAAUUGAAAUAAUUAGAAAAAUGAUGAAUCUUCAGGAAAGGGAAUGAUGGUUUGUUGUUCUUCUUUCCUAAACUAGUGACCCCUUCAAAGGGGCUGGUCUGGCCAAAGUGUUAAAUAAAACAUAAGAUUUCUUCAUUAUUCAGAUUGUGGUCAUGUAUAUUUAAAAUUGAUAUCUAGUUGCCCUCAUGAAGAGUUGGAAAUUGAUUUGUGUUUUAACUUUUACCUCACCUGGCAGCCUAAAGCUCAGAAGGACUCCAUUUUCUAACUUUGCCCCCAACACAGCAAAAGCAUGCCCAUCGUGUUUUCUCUCCACCCCGAUCUCUGUUCCAUCAGCUUGCUUUUCUUUCCAAGGUUAUAUAUUUGAACACUUUUCUCCAAAUGUUAAACCUAUUUCGGAUAAUAAAUAUCAAAGCUCUGGCAUUUCA